UGAAGGGUUGCUUGGGUCGCGCUGCUCUUUCCACUUUUAAACAACGGGUAUCCACGUUUAUCGGGAUUAAAGUGAGGUGUAACUUUCACUGUGAAUCAACACCAACUCUCUCUCUACAUCUUUUUUUUCAGAGAGAGAGAGAAAGAGAGGACUUGAAAUUUUUCCCCCUUCAAUAUAUAGAAAAAAAAACAUGUCACAUGAGGGGAUCGAGUAAUUGAAUAAGGAUUUCUUUCGCUCGAAGUACUUUAGCAGUCUCACAACUUUAUAUAUCACUCUCUCUCUCUGCUCGCCAAUUUGGACGCAAUCCUUCUGCAUUGGUGAAAUUUUAGAAAAAUAAAUUAAAAAUAAUUGACUGCAAUGAACUAGAAAAUUAAGAAGUCUGGGAGAAUGUGAGGCAAUUUCAUCAGGCGAUGCCUACUUUGGGAACCUGUGCUGACGAAGAGGACUCAGAGGAUGUGGAAAGCAAGGCAUCAGGGAUCUCGUCGCCAUCGCCGUCGGGAUGCAAAUAGGUGCAAGUGGAAAGAUUGCGGCUAGAUGGAAUUUUUUCUGAUACAGGCACCGCAAAUGGAGAAUGCUGUACAUAAAUUUAGAGAAGAUGAGACCCCAACGACCAGGAUAGACAUCCUGACAGUCGUUUACGUCAUUGUCGGUGCCUUCUUUAAUACUUAUUUUAAAGAAAAUUCCCCAAAUACAAUCCUCAAUAAAAGUUCUCAUCUUCAACGUUCAGAUUCCUCUUUUCAAAUUAUGUUAUUUAAUUGUUCAACAUACAGAUGACAAACAAACUGUUAGGCUUUUGAAUUUUUUACAUUAAUUAAAACUAGCGGAAAUUUUAAAUAUUCACUAUAAAACUAAAGAGGGCAACAUUUGAGAAAGAAGAGAAGUGAUGAAGAAAGUUAAAAGAAAGAAUUUUUAGGAAUGGAAAGGUUUUAUGGAAAAUUAAUCAACAAUGAAUAUUGUUGAGGAGGAAGGAAACAGUGUAGUAUAAUACUAGAUAGUGUAAAAGUUUUUUGAGUUUUGUGUAAAAACGAAAAAUGUUUUGAGUCAAGUGUUAAAUAGUUGAUAUACACUCCAAUACGUGAAGUGUGUCGCAUACGUUACUAAAGUACAUGUACGAAAAUUGAGUUUUAAAAUUAGUGAACAUGAGACGAAAAAAAAAUUUUUUUUCGACUGUGAUCCCUUUUGAACCUCCUGACUGAUUCUGGAAUACAAGAUUAUUCAAGCAAGAAAACAGGAUGCCAGGUGGGCGAAGGGGCUUAGUAGCCCCGCAAAAUACGUUCCUGGAAAACAUUAUACGAAGAAGCAGCAGUCAAGCUGACAGCAGUUUUUUAUUGGCCAACGCUCAAAUAGUUGAUUUUCCAAUCGUUUAUUGUAACGAAAGCUUCUGCAAAAUCUCAGGAUUCAAUCGCGCUGAGGUAAUGCAAAAGUCCUGCCGUUGUGGAUUCAUGUACGGAGAACUGACAGAUAAAGAGACUAUUACUAGAAUUGAUGAGUGCUUAGAGGGUCAGAUUCCAGAUCAGUUUGAAGUUUUGCUGUAUAAAAAGAACAGUGCUCCUCAAGAAACCCCAUUAUGGCUGCUGCUACAAAUAGCGCCAAUAAAAAACGAACGGGAUCUAGUGGUCCUGUUUCUGCUAACAUUUCGGGAUAUAACUGCACUGAAACAACCAAUCGAAACGGAGGACAGCAAAGGAGGACUUUCCAAGUUUGCCAAACUAGCCAGAUCAGUUACCAGAUCCAGAUCGGUUCUUGCUUCCCAAUUCACAUCUCAUAUGCCAGCACUAAAAGAAUCAACUAUACCAGUUACAACAAAACAAUCACAUUUAGGUCCUAUGAUGUCCUUGAGUGGGGAUAUAAUGCCCCAAUAUCGUCAAGAAGCUCCAAAAACUCCUCCUCAUAUCCUCUUACAUUACUGCGCAUUUAAGGCGAUCUGGGACUGGAUUAUUUUAUGCCUAACUUUCUACACAGCCAUUAUGGUUCCUUAUAAUGUCGCCUUCAAGAAUAAAACUAGCGAAGAUGUUUUUCUCUUGGUGGUGGACACUAUAGUUGAUGUGAUUUUCUUCAUCGACAUCGUGCUCAACUUUCAUACUACUUUUGUCGGUGCAGGUGGUGAAGUUGUUUCCGACCCAAAGGUCAUCCGAAUGAAUUAUCUUAAGUCUUGGUUCAUUAUUGAUUUGUUAAGUUGCCUGCCAUAUGACGUUUUUAAUGCUUUCGAUCAUGAUGAAGAUGGGAUUGGAAGCCUUUUCUCCGCUCUCAAAGUCGUGCGACUCCUUCGACUUGGGAGAGUUGUUCGAAAAUUGGAUAGAUAUUUAGAAUACGGAGCUGCGAUGCUCAUACUUCUUCUUUGUUUUUACAUGCUGGUGGCGCAUUGGCUUGCCUGUGUCUGGUACGUCAUUGUGAGGUAUUCGAUAGGAAGAUCUGAUGCGGAUGGUGGUGUACAGUAUUCGUGGCUGUGGAAACUGGCUAAUGUUACUCAGUCUCCGUACAGCUACUUGUGGACCAAUGCUAGUACUGCACCAGAACUUGUGGCAGGACCAUCUCGACGGACGAUGUAUGUCACAGCUUUAUAUUUUACUAUGACUUGCAUGACAUCCGUGGGAUUUGGAAAUGUUGCUGCAGAAACUGACAAUGAAAAGAUCUUCACCAUCUGCAUGAUGAUUAUCGCUGCCUUGUUAUAUGCCACGAUAUUUGGACAUGUGACCACCAUCAUUCAACAAAUGACUUCAGCGACAGCUAAAUAUCACGAUAUGCUAAAUAAUGUACGCGAAUUUAUGAAACUUCACGAGGUGCCUAAAGCUCUUAGCGAGAGAGUUAUGGAUUACGUUGUAAGCACGUGGGCAAUGACCAAAGGCCUUGACACUGAUAAAGUGCUUAAUUACUGCCCUAAAGAUAUGAAGGCUGACAUUUGCGUACAUUUGAAUAGAAAAGUCUUCAACGAACAUCCUGCAUUUCGUUUGGCGUCUGAUGGGUGUUUACGAGCUUUGGCGAUGCAUUUUACAAUGUCGCAUAGUGCUCCUGGGGAUUUAUUGUAUCACACUGGGGAAUCGAUUGACUCGCUAUGUUUUAUUGUGACUGGAAGCCUGGAAGUGAUACAAGACGAUGAAGUAGUGGCCAUUCUGGGAAAAGGAGACGUCUUCGGGGAUAGUUUUUGGAAGGAUUCUGCAGUUGGUCAAAGUGCUGCUAAUGUCAGAGCUCUAACUUAUUGUGAUUUACAUACCAUAAAAAGAGAUCGUCUUCUGGAAGUUCUUGACUUUUAUCAAGCUUUUGCCAAUUCGUUUGCACGCAACCUUGUCCUUACCUACAAUCUAAGACAUCGCCUAAUUUUUCGGAAAGUCGCUGAUGUUCGCCGUGAAAGGGAAUUAGCAGAGAGGAGAAAAAAUGAACCACAGUUGGACCAAUCCCAGGAUCAUCUUGUUCGAAAGAUUUUUUCAAGAUUUAAAACUGACGUGGAACCACAAAUCAGCAUAAGCAGUAUCGCAACCGGCUUAAAUAGGUCUCCUGAGCGAUCGGCUCAAGACUCCGACGAAGAACUCACCGUAUCCGUCCUGCCGCCAUGGCCAAAUUUUAGGUUUCGUAGAGAAAGGCACACUGAUGUAGAAAAAGGAGAAUCGAAAGAAGGGGAAUCCAAAGAAAUUCAAAUUCGAAAACUGCCCUCAACUGAUGAAACUGUAGUAGCACGUCCAAAGCCUAGCAAAUGGGGCAGAUUAUUAGGCAGUUCAAGUUUAGAUUCUAGUAGCGAAACUGGAACCGGAACGGACACAUUCAAGCGAUCGUUGAGUGCACGAGAUAAUCGAGCCAGUUCCAGUGGCGGUACAAAUAAAGUCUUUCCAAAACUCGGUAAACUUGGUGGAACAAUUGAGGAGCCAGCUGACAUUGAUAAGGAGCAUCCCACGUCUCAAACGCUAACUGUGGAUUCCAAGCAACUUCAAUUACGUCGACUUGAGAGUUACGAUGGCGGUCUAAUCACACAACCGGGCCACGAGCGAGAAAUCCUGGCAGCCGUACUGGAGGUGAAGGUCGACUUGAAACUCGAGGUGCAACGGGUAAAUCAAAAACUCGCAAAAAUCGAAGACAUGCUGCAAAGUUUAAUUAAUAGAAUGCCAUCCGUUGGGAGUCCGUCGCAAACUAGUCCUUCGCAAAGAAUACCACCCACGGUUCCUUCAUCGACAAACGGCGCCAGUGUCACUGCAGUUUCCGUUUCUCAAAGCAGUUCCGUUAUUAUUCCCAAGAGCGGAAAUAAUGGCGCUGAGCCGAAGCCAAUAACAAGUCCAACGACGAGUGCGACAACGUUAAUUAGAGAAAGUGAUCAAGUCGCAUCGACAAGCGACCGUCUUGCAUCAAAAUCUUCGGAUCAACAACAGCCGUCACAAGCACACCAUCAUCACCAUCACCACCACCAUCAUCAUCCAAUCGAAAGGCAAAAGGAAUCUGUCUCCGAAAGACUGGCAAGUGGAAUGUCAGAAUACAAAUCCUCGACGAGAGAGAUUAACAAGGAACUUUUAGAAAGAUUGGCACAAGUUUCCAGUUCGCGGGAUGACACAAGUGCACUGGGUCCCCUUAUUUUAAGAAAGCGUCGAAGCAAAUCAAGAGGCAAGGGAAUAGCGCCCCUCGCACCCCUAGCGACUCAAUCGUUGAGUCCAACGGAGGCCACGGAGACAACGCAAAUGUUGGAGUCGACCGAGGAUCGCGACAUGAGUGCAGACAGAGUCGAACGAAAAAGACCGCCGCCCAGGCCUAGAGAUUACUUGUGAAAUUCCUUAUCCUUCCAAAUAAGCUUCUCAAGGCUAGUGGACAUCUUACAAAUUUUUAAGCAAUUUCUAUCACCGUGUCGAUUGCUUACUUCCUUUUUGAAGAUUACAAUCUUCCCACUCAGAUACACUGGUGUAAGUUUUUGAGCUUCCUCAGAAGUUGAUUUCAUGAAAAAAAAGUGAUAAAAAUACGUGGUUCUCGAAUUUGACCAAAAAUAGUCGCUUUAUCGUGACACUCUAGAAUAUAAAUAUUAAUAAAUAUAAUCAUCAUAAAAACGAAAGUGCAAAAUUGUAUAAAAAAUUAAUAAAAAAAAAAAAAACGAUAAUACCGUAGAAAUUUAUUAAAAUAAAUUUUUCAAGGAUGUCGCGUUGCACCUUUUUGCUAAUGUAGUUGAUAUCGAAUUGCGCGUUACGCAAACAAAAGAAAAACGCAAUUGACUUAGCGAGAUGCGCCAUUUUAACGGCUUUCUUCGUGACAUCGAAAUUAUUCCAAGAAUAAUUUUAUUGCGCUGUUAUUACUGCGAAUAAGUAAUAAAUAAAUAAAUUUACAACGCGUCUUAGAAAAAUAUUGUAUAUACUUACUACAUAUAUAUAAAAAAAAAAUUGCAGUCGAUUAUACAUAUUAUACAUGACAGAUCCACACGCAAAAGCGCUUACAAUAUAAUAAGAUCAAUCGUGGGGAUUAAAUAAUGAAUCAUUUCUUAUAAGUCUAUUUAAAAGAGAAGAGAAACCGACAUGUUGACUAAUCAAAAUCACUUGGAAUUCAAUUUUUCUUCAAACUCUGCUGCUAUUUUAUCAUUUAAGGUAUAUUUUUGUUUAUUAGUUUCCAAAUGGAAAUUUAUUAUUUUCAAUGUUUUCAAGUAUUGUGAUAUUAUAUUCGGAUGAAAUUUAUAAAGUAAGCCCUCUAUGCGCCGAGAAUUGAAAUUUUUUAUGCAACAGGCGUAUUAUGGUCACUUUUGUGCCCAGUGGUCAAUAAAGUACCCAUUAUUGUCCUAGGUCAAUAAAAAACACAUUAUUACCCUAGGGAAAUAAUGGAAACUUUAUUGAUUUUUCUCACAGGUCAAUAAAGUACUCAUUAUUAGCCUAGGGCAAUAAUGGUUACUUUAUUGACCAGCUGGGCUUUAUGGAGUCAAAUUUUCGUCAAGUUUGAUUACUCGAAUUGAUGAAAAUGUCUCCCACAUUUUGACCAUUUUUUGACAUCAAUUUGACGAUAAUAUUUUUCAGUACUAAAUUCAUUUUUACAAGAUAAUUUUCAAUAAAUUUAUCAUUUUCAAAUUUUUAUUUGAAGAUUUUUCAUUAAAACUUUUACAAAUUUCA